GGCUUUCACAAGAGGAGAAUCUCGCGAACGUUCAUCUCUCUGCUUCCGAAGAGCAUCCCGUCGGCUGCCCCAGAUAGUUACGCCGGCGACUUUCUCUCGACGCUUCUACCUUUGCAUAUUUGUUUUGGUGGAGUGUAAGUAGGAUAAAAAAUUGUCAAAAUGUCUCGAAAAGGCUUAAUGGAGCAGGAUCUGAGUAAACUGGAUGUUACAAAAUUACAUCCACUUUCCCCUGAAGUUAUCUCGCGGCAGGCGACUAUAAACAUUGGCACUAUUGGCCAUGUGGCUCAUGGAAAGUCGACGGUUGUGAAAGCAAUAUCUGGUGUUCAGACUGUUCGUUUUAAAAAUGAGCUGGAGCGUAAUAUUACUAUUAAACUUGGAUAUGCAAAUGCAAAAAUCUAUAAAUGCGAAGACGAAAAGUGCCCUAGGCCUAUGUCUUAUAAGGCAUAUGGAAGUGGAAAGGAAGACAGUCCUUUGUGCGAUGUGCCAGGGUAUGAGAACAGCAAGAUGAAGCUUCUGAGGCAUGUGUCUUUUGUAGAUUGCCCUGGACAUGACAUUCUCAUGGCUACUAUGCUUAAUGGAGCAGCAAUCAUGGAUGGAGCAUUGCUCCUGAUUGCUGCUAACGAAAGUUGUCCUCAACCUCAAACAUCAGAGCAUUUGGCUGCUGUUGAAAUAAUGCGGCUCAAACAUAUAAUAAUUCUCCAGAAUAAGGUUGACCUAAUUCAGGAAAAUGUAGCCAUCAAUCAACAUGAAGCAAUUCAGAAAUUUAUCCAGAAUACUGUUGCCGAUGGUGCACCUGUGAUCCCAGUUUCUGCUCAGUUGAAAUAUAAUAUUGACGUUGUGUGUGAAUAUAUUGUGAAAAAGAUCCCCAUUCCAGAGAGGAACUUCAUUUCACCUCCAAACAUGAUAGUUAUCCGGUCUUUUGAUGUUAAUAAACCUGGAUUUGAAGUUGAUGAAAUUAGAGGUGGUGUUGCUGGUGGAAGCAUUCUCAAGGGUGUUUUGAAGGUUAAUCAGUUCAUUGAGGUUCGCCCUGGCAUUGUGGUUAAGGAUGUGAAUGGAACGAUUAAAUGCACACCAAUAUAUUCUAGGAUUGUUUCAUUGUAUGCUGAGCAAAAUGAGCUGCAAUUUGCUGUUCCGGGUGGGCUGAUUGGUGUCGGUACUACCAUGGACCCUACGUUGACACGUGCUGAUAGAUUGGUUGGUCAGGUUCUUGGAGAGGUGGGGUCUCUGCCCGAUAUAUAUGUGGAACUAGAGGUGAAUUUCUUCUUGUUGAGACGGCUAUUGGGAUUGAGAACAAAGGGAACAGAGAGACAAGGAAAGGUUGCAAAGCUGACAAAGGGAGAGAUACUUAUGUUGAACAUAGGUUCGAUGUCAACAGGUGCUCGCGUUAUUGCUGUGAAGAACGAUCUUACAAAACUUCAACUGACAUCUCCGGUGUGCACCAGCAAAGGUGAGAAAAUCGCUCUUAGUAGACGUGUUGAGAAGCAUUGGCGUCUAAUUGGUUGGGGUCAGAUUCAAGCUGGUCUUACCCUUGAUGUUCCAACCCCUUCCCCAUUUUGAGAACACUAACAACAACUAAACCGACCACAGCAGAGAAUUUAUUAAUUUAUUGGUAUAACAUUUUUGUGAAGAACAACAGUCUUUUUUUCUUAAAAUUAUUUUUGCUGCUUUUGUUUCUAACUAUUUGUGUGAGAUUAUUUAUUAUAUGUUUGUUAGCAUACAAUUAUUGUUCCAUUAUCUCAUCCUCAUUCCUAAAUAUUAGAUUUUUUAAUC